AUGGGUGCUCUCUUAUCUAUUCCCAUGCUGGUGAUUCCCAGCGCCGGCACGAUGCUCUCUGUCGGAGCCUCUUGCUGUGGAGCGGCAACGUGCUCGGCAGUAUGCAGUGCUUGUGGAAAGUUCCAAAGCAGCAUGGCAACGAGGAUUGCCUACGCCUUCAUUUUACUGGUCAACUCGAUGGUUUCUUGGAUUAUGCUUACGCCAUGGGCGCUUGAAAAGCUGGAACACCUGACGAUGGACUACAUGAAAAUUCGGUGCGAUGGAAAGGAAUGCCACGGCUGGGUUGCCGUUCAUAGAAUCAACUUUGGCCUCGGAAUCUUUCACCUAUUCCUUGCUCUGUUGCUCCUCGGUGUCAGGACGUCGAAAGACAGCAGGGCUGCUCUUCAAAAUGGGUUUUGGGGACCAAAGAUUAUUUUCUGGAUUGGCUUCGUCGUCAUGUCAUUCUUCAUCCCGGAAAGCUUCUUCUUGAUCUAUGGUCACUACAUCGCAUUCAUCGCCGCCAUGCUCUUCCUGCUCCUCGGGCUCAUCCUUCUUGUCGACCUGGCGCAUUCGUGGGCGGAGCUAUGUCUUGAAAAGAUUGAAGACAGUGACUCUCGGCUCUGGCGGGGGCUGUUGAUCGGCUCAACGCUAGGAAUGUACACCGCGUCGAUUGUCAUGACCAUUUUGAUGUAUUGCUUCUUCGCUAAUAGCGGAUGCUCGAUGAACCAGGCUGCGAUAACAAUCAACCUCGUCGUGAUGUUCAUUGUUUCAUUUGUUUCAGUGCAACCAGCAGUUCAAGAAUUCAACUCCCGGGCUGGAUUAGCGCAAGCCGCAAUGGUCGCCGUCUACUGCACUUACCUGACCAUGUCGGCUGUAUCCAUGGAACCCGAUGAUCGCCAGUGCAAUCCUCUCAUCCGCGCCCGUGGCGCCAGAACAGCCACUAUCAUCCUGGGCGCUGUCCUUACCAUGGCUACUAUUGCGUACACUACUACUCGGGCUGCUACACAAGGCAUCGCCCUUGGAUCCAAGGGAGGUACCAGUUACUCUCCGCUUGGGAGCGAAGAUAACGACCACGGUCUUGUUACCCAACAACCAUCAAGCCGCCGUGAGAUGCGGGCCGAAGCCCUUCGUGCCGCUGUGGAGAGUGGCAGCCUGCCUGCCAGUGCUUUGGACGAUAGUGACGACGACGAUGACGAUGAAUAUGACACCAAGGAUGAUGAGCGUGGCUCCACGCAAUAUAACUACUCGCUCUUCCAUGUCAUCUUUUUUUUGGCUACGACAUGGGUCGCGACGCUGCUGACACAGAAUAUAGACCUCGAGACCGAGGGUAAUUUUGCAGCAGUGGGCAGAACGUACUGGGCGAGCUGGGUGAAGAUCAUCAGUGCCUGGGUUUGCUAUGCGAUUUAUUUGUGGUCGUUGCUUGCUCCAACCAUUAUGCCCGAUCGAUUUGAUUACUGA